CGGAGCGUACAUGCUCAACUUUUUGCUGUUGUCUGCAGUGAUAUCACAGAACAUAACACCGUGGGUAAUAUGAAGCCUUCCGAAAUCACUCGCUUUCGAUCAACAUUCCGGGCAAUCUUUUUGACAGGUACGAUUACAGGAGCUUAAUAAGCAUGGAGACUGAACGGAGGGAUGCCAGCAGAGCCCCUCAACCUACCAGAAUAUUGCUGUUGUCAACAUCACAGUAGUCGCCGAUAGGUCCCUGAGAAGGCCUUCUUGCAAACCCUCGGAGCCAUGGAACAUAAACUACAACAGAGGGACAAAAACAGGCCCAGCUACUUUGGCAACGUGAAGACCAGACUUGGGUCCAAGCUCCCUCCUGGUAUUGCUCAGCCCCCCGGCUUCAUCGCCGGCCCCUGGGAGACAGGGCCUCAGACCGGCCCAACCAAGGAGGCCAGGGACAGCGGUCAGUCCCACCGUGCCGUGGGGCGUCCCUUUGACCACGUCCGCCACAUCCGGAACCCCCAACUGCGCCGGUAUUACCUCCAAGAAGCUACAUGGGUACCAGAGCGCGCCACAGAUAAAUCCAGGGAAGAGGGUCAACCAUCUGAUGACAAAGCAGACUGUAUGGCCCACCAUGAAGACACUGUGUUCAGUGUCACCUCCCAGUACAGUAGCCUGGGAGAUCAGACCAAGCUGAACAGGCAUCUCUCCACCUCCUCCUCCCUCAUCUCCUGGGAGCACCUCCGCGUUCCCAAGAGUAAAGGCUCUGGCCAAGGCUCACCUCCCGUGGCGACGCACCCUGACCCCGACCUCAGGCUGGAGCCAGAGUUGGACACUGACCCAGGGCUUUCUCCGGCCCCAUCGCCCAGCCCUCACUCCCCGUCACCGGACACAGAGUAUGACAAGUUACUGGAUGUGGAGGCAGUGCCAAUGCCUGAUGGACAGAUCUGCCUACUGGCCCUCCCACCUGAGUGUUCCCUGGGGGAGGGGCCAGCGGCCAUGCCGUACCUCAAGCUCUUCUGCCGCUACAUCACUGACCGCAAGGGUGUGGUUUCUGGUAUCUUGCUGGUGACGUCCAAUAAGAUGUUCUUUGACCCUUGUAAGACUCACCCGUUGGUGAUGGAGCACGGCUGUGAGGAGUACCUGCUGUCCUGCUCAGUGGACAGCCUGGCCUCGGUCUCCUUCUACUCUGACAUCUCCCACGUGCACUUCAACUCCUCCACACACAGGUGGAAUGGAACUAAAAACAUUCAGAAAACUGGCUCCAAAACUGUCAAGAUGCUCGAGCAGGGUGGGAGGCGAAGCAGCAGUAGCCCUCCACACCACAAGGGGGAGACUGUCCCAGCACUGGGGUCUGCUGCUACAUCAGAGCUGAGGUCUGCCCUGGCUCUGAGCCUGGUCCAGGGGUUCUCUGAGGAGGAGAGGAGCAGUGACAUGGCUGAGUGGCAGCUGGAGGGGAAGGGUAGUCCGCUGGAAGAGCUGGCUGUGCAGUCAUCCAGGACUGUGGGAGGAGCUGUGUUGAGCAGUGCUGCCACCUUCUGUUGUGGUGGACAAGAGGCAGCAGGGACAGGGAAUAAAGUGAGGAUGGAGCUGGUGAACAGAGAGGGUACAAAGAAGCAGCAGUCUGUGAGGAAUCAGACACCAGGCCCCUCUAGACUGUCUUCAGGGACUUCUGGAGGUCUGGUGUUUGUCAGGCUGCGACUCCAGCAAUCCACUGGGAAGAAGAAAGGUGUGGCUGCAGGCUUGCUGCUGGGGACAAACAAAACCUUACCCCGGAGGGACUCCUGGUUCGCCUUCUCCCAGGAGAGCUCGGAUGAGCUGUAUGCCUACAUGAACCACUGGAGGCCUGGCCUGUGCAUGUUGGAGGGAGGGUCAGAGGAGGGCGAUGAGGAGGAGUUUGUACUGGUUGACGACAGAGAAGAGGAGGAGAAGGAAGAAGAACAGGAGGUGUCCAAGAACCAUGGGCGGACUGGGGAGGACUGGGAGCUGGUGACAGUGGAGGAUGGUAGCAGGAGACUCCCCCUGGACAUGGACAAAGAUCCAGAGGGACUGUGUGAGAUCGUAGCCCAGAGUCUCAUCUUAGACGCAUCGCUUGUCAGAGAGCUCUCAGUGGAACUGCCACCCAGGACAGUGGGCCACACGUGGCAGCUGGCUUACAGCACGUCUCGUCACGGCUCCAGCCUCAAGUCCCUCUACCGGAGGCUGAAAGGCAGCGACUCGCCUAUACUCAUGGUCAUCAAGGACUCACUUAAUCAGGUGUUUGGGAGCUUCCUCUCUCACCCUCUGAGGCCAAGCGAGACCUUCUACGGCACAGGAGAGACAUUCCUCUUCAUGCUGCUUCCUCGCUUCAAGUGUUUCAAGUGGACCGGAGAAAACUCCUUCUUCAUAAAGGGAGACCUGGACUCUUUUGCUAUCGGAGGAGGAAGUGGUCACUUUGGCUUGUGGCUGGAUGAGAUGCUGUACCUGGGCAGGAGUAGCCCCUGUUACACCUUCAACAACUGCUGCCUUUCGGAAAGAGACGACUUCCACGUCAUGGAGCUGGAGGUUUGGACAUUCUGGUGAAGACAUGAACUCAACUCACCUCGCCUAGCAACACUGACUCUCUCUGGCUGUCCAAUCACUGCAUUAAACAGGACUCUAGAAACCACAUAUUCUAGUACAAUAAGUUGUUGGAUGUACCUGACUAUUUUGACUUAAAUGUGUGGUUUUGCGCUGGAAACUCAACUGUAAAUAUUCUGAACCCUACUACUGAAUGUGGACCAAACUGUUAUGUGGAGGGGUAUUGGUGGUUUGGAGAUUGUACCCUCGCUGCAUUGGAAGACUUGUCCUGUUGCAGUUCACUCCUUCCGCAGAUUGGUAUGGUCCUCACUUUCAGGUGACUCGGCCUUGUGGAUACUGUUAUUCUAUGGUGGAAUUCACAUUUCCUUCCAACAAUGGAUCUCCCCAUCUAAAGGCCAUGCCUGCCUGCAUUUCCACCCCAGCACAACUCGCACUCUUAUUCUGGCACCAUAGUUUAAAAUUAAUGAAUUGGAGGAACUGAAAUCACUACUCCUUGUUGCAUAUGAACUGGGGGGGGGGGGGGGGGGGGUCGGGUCGGGUCUAAACUUAGUACCUUUAGAAAUGUUUCAUGUUACCCACAUACAACCUGAAAUUUACUCAGAUCUAAUUUCUGAUCAAUGUUCACACAGUACAACACAAAUAGACGUUAUGAAUGUUAUAACGUCUUUCUGAUACUUCUGGGACACGUCGGUUUCAUCCAGUGUUCAGUGCAAGCUCACUCAAGACUACUUUUUAGUGAAGAUUAAUUUUUAUUUUUUGCAGACAAUUUGCCACUCAGUCAAAAAGCCUAUUUCAAGGGGAUGACUCACCUCUGCAAUGGCUAAAUGUGCUGCCUACUUUGCAGCGCUUAACAAGAGGCUGAUGGAGAAACCUUUCCUAAGAUAUGACCCAUUUCAAAGUUUAUCACAUGUACACGUGAUAGAAUCCACAAUGAUUAACUUCUUCUUGCCUCUAAGUUCAUUUUGUUAUAUAAUCUUUGGUGUAGUCACCCCUUAAGUUCUGAUCUCAUGGUCAAGGUGUUAAGAAAUAACUAGUCAGUCAACAUAAGACUGUUGGCUUUCAUAAAAAAUAUUAACCAAACAAACAAUUAUUACAUUACACAUUGUGCCACCAUACAGCUUUGUUUCCAGGUUUCCAUGACAGCUGUUGGCAACCUAGGGGGAACAGAGCGGGGGUGUUGCCUGCAGAAGCUUAAGCAAUGACAUCAGGCCGUACCCAGCCAACUUUGGACUUUCAGGCAAGGCCGUCACAAACUGCUGAAACUCUAGAGGGAACGACUUGACCUGCCCUGCCCCCCCAACAGAAAUAAAACGUGUGGUUCUUUGCAUAUUGAGAGAUAUAACAAAUAAAACAGAACAAUGCAUUA